ACUCUGAGGACCAACAUGUUCACAUUUUGGACAAAGAAGACAGAUGGUGAAGGAAGACGUCAACGUAAAGCGAGAACAAACUAUUUUAAACAGAGGAGGAGGACUCAGGUUUCAACUUUAAGAAACUUACAACACAGCUAUAGGUUUGAUUCCUUCCAAUUUUCAUCUCCACGCAUGUGACCACAACAUUCCUCCUGGGAGCCAGGCUAACGAGGAACCUAACGACUCUCUGUUAUUGGAGAUUCACCAGUUCCAGGUGAAUCUACAGGUGACUCUCUAAUGAGGCCUGCAGGUCUAUGAAUCUGGGAACUCCACACCGCUCCAAACAUUUUGAAUUGAGAAACAUCUUCAGCUUCAGAAUAGAAGUCCACUUGUUUUAUCUUUUAACCUUUUUGGAUUGCUGUGCUGUUUUCCACGGAGCUUUUAGCAGGCUGCUAGUGCUAGCCUAGCCAGCUGAGGGUAAAAGUAACAAUGGUUGUGUUUCUAGGGGGGGGGGGGGGGUCUUCUUCUGAAGUGAAUGAAACCCAUCAGGACAAGCUUCCUUCCUCUCAGACACACGGAGACCUAAAUCAACAUGUUUGGAAGAAAGAGGAGGAAGAGGAGGAUCUCUCCAACCAGCAGCUCUGGAACCUGCAGAGGUACUGCUUUCUAGACCAGGAGGAACUCAAAUAUCUACAUGUUAAAGAGGAAACUGUGGAACCACAGUGGACAGAGGAGAAUGAUGAACCAGGUUUUGGACACAUUAAAGAGAAAAAAGAGGGACCAGAACAUAUAGGGUUUGAAUCAGAUGAUGAAAAAAUGGAACAUUUACUGGUUAAAUGGGAUUCUGGGAAACUACCACAUCUACACAGUAAGGAAGAACAGGAAGAAAUAGAACUUCCACAGAUUAAAAAGAACCACAAAGAGCUACAACUGUCACAGAUUAAGAAGGAGCAGGAAGAACUAGAACAGUUACAGAUUAAGGAGGAAGAGAGUAAUAUAGAACUGUUGUGCUUUAAGGAGGAACAUUUAAAUAUAACAAAGGAGCAGGAGGAACUUCAACUUGCUGGAUUAAGAACGAGUCAAAGGAAACUAGAAUUUUCACACAUCAGGGAGGAACAGGGUGAACUUUCAUGCAACGAAGAGGAACACGAGGAACUAAGAAAUGCAGAAAUUGUAGCAAAACAACAGGAACCAAAAUCUGCAGGACUUGUUGCAGAACGUGGAGAACCACAACAUUCCCAGUUGGAAGCUGAACAUGAGGAACCACAGCUGCUGUCAUUCCUGAGCCACAGCAGUAAGCAGAUACAGCAGCUGUUGAUGAACCACACCACUGAUGCCUUCAUGGACCCUGGGUCUUAUCAGAGAAGCACCUUCCGACAGUCAGAACCAAAGAUCGAUCAAUUUUGCUGCCUUUCCAGGGCUGAAGCUCAGGGCCAAAGUCAGGAAGGUACUAACUGUCCUCUGUCUCAAAGUCUGGCCAAUCCUGACCCUGAUCCACCUGUUAAAUGUGACGUCUGUGGAAAACUGUUUAAAAAUAAACACAGUUUGAUUGAACAUCAGGGAAUCCACUCAGUGGAUGUCCACUCAGAACUGAAGCAAUAUGUUUGUAAAACAUGUGGAAAAACCUUCGCUCAGUACAAUGGUUUAAAGGUCCACAUGAGAUGUCACACUGGUGAGAGACCUUUCACCUGUGAAACAUGUGGGAAAAGUUUCAGGUAUAGUAGCGAUCUCCUUGUUCACCGGAGAACACACACAGGGAAAAACUCAGUUUGUUGCAAAACCUGUGGAAAGGUUUUCACCCGAAUCCAUAGUUUAAACGUCCACAUGAGGCAUCACACAGGCGAUUGGCCGUUUUCAUGUGAAACAUGUGGGAAAGGUUUCAGCAAUCGCUCUAAGAUGGAUGUUCACAGGAAAACCCAUGCUGGCAAGUGGCCAUUUUUCUGUGAAAAGAGUGGGAAUAGCUUUUCUAGUACUUUUAGUUUAAAUUUUAACAAGCAAACUCACACAACUGAGAUGCCUUUCAGUUGUGACAAAUGUGGGAAAAGUUUCCAUGAUCCUUCAUAUUUAAAUGUUCAUAAAAGAAUUCACACAAGGGAAAAACACCCUUGCUUAACAUGUGGCAAAAGCUUCACUCAGCUUGGUAGUUUAAAUGUUCACAUGAGAAUCCACACAGGGGAAAAACACCCUUGCUUAUCGUGUGGUAAGAGCUUCACUCAACUUGGUGGUUUAAAUGUUCACAUGAGAAUCCACACAGGGGAAAAACCGUAUUUAUGUGUAACAUGUGGGAAAAGGUUUACUAUUAGCAGCCAGUUGAAUGUUCAUACUAGAACUCAUACGGGCGAGAAGCCCUUCUCUUGUGAGACGUGUGGGCAAAAGUUUUCUAGGAACAGUAGCUUGGUUGUCCACAUGAGGAGCCACACAGGAGAGAGGCCUUUUCAGUGUAAAACAUGUGGGAAAAACUUCACUCAGCACAGUGUUUUGCAAAUUCACAUGAGGACCCACACUGGAGAAAAGCCGUUUUCUUGUUCAGUGUGUGGAAAAAGCUUUAAUCAGAGUGGCAGUCUGUUAAGACACAUGCAGGUUCACACACAGAGGAAGGGUCCUCCUUAAACCUUAAGAUUUAGUUGGUAGAAAUGACACUUUUAACCACUUUUUGGAGUUUAACGUUACACUGAAAUACACAUACCUAGAAGGGUAGAUGUGGGUCAUUCAUCUAACUGCAUUCACCUUUUUUUCUCCUAGGGUUCUAUCAAACUGCUUCCUUAAACUUGAUUUAUCCUGUCAUUAUUAGAAGUUUUCUGGCUCACUAAGAUGUAUCUUAAAUGUUAAAUUUUCUUUAUAUAUAU